UUUUUUAUGUAAGAAAUUUAUGGUGAAAUAAAAUGUUAUUAUGACAUUUUUUCAUAGGUAUAUGUAUAUUUAGUAUCUUUUAUAAAACUGCAAGUAUCUUAGGAUACACGAUACGUUACGAUAGCAGUACACUAUUUUUGAAAAACGAUAUGCCUUCCGAUACAUGUUUUGACUUUGGUUCUCACAUUAAUUGCUAACUCUUUUUGGGAAGUGGUAAUUGUGGUGAGUUAGGUUUUAAUUGGUAAUCAAUUGAGCGUAAAAUUGAAAAACCUAUUCACCCCCAAGGUAUAGUUUCUUGAGCUUCACAUGUGCAAUUGUGAGAGAAAUUCCACUACGUGUUCCCCCACCUGUAACAUCAUCCUUGCAGAUUAUGUCAGUUUCACAAGGUCAAGAAGUAUGGAUCCCAGGUUUACUGGGGAUCUAUAGGAUGAGGUGCUACAGCCCUUCUUUAUAUUUGCAAAGGGGAACUUUGUGGGGAACUCUUUCUGUAUGGUGCCUGGGAGGGGGAUUUUUAGUUUUUUUUUUUGUAAGACUAUUCAGCAGACUACUGAAAAAAAUAGCUGAUCAAAUUUCUUUCUUCCAUUGGACAUUAGCAAUUGAGAUCUUGAUAGCUGGCAAUUUGGUAGAAAGGGCAAUUUUUAUCACUAGCUAGUGUUGUAUGAGCCAAGGUACUGAUAACAUAGUCAAAUCAUCUGUUGUUGCAGGGACUGUGGCUCUUCUUUCCUCCUUCAUUUCUCCUUGGAUCCUGCCUUGGUCAAUUCUGGUUGUAUUGGUGCAUGAAAUACGUGACCUUUGCUGGUAUGGGAUUCCAUAUCGAGGUGCUUCAUGGUUAAGAGAGGAGCCCAUGGAAAAAAUAUGGGAGCGCGUAAUCUUAGUACCAGCAUGUGGUGGUUUGAUUGUUGGCAUGUUGAACAUGCUUCGAGGCACUCUAGAGGUCCCUACAGAAGGUAUUUUGAUAUCUCGAAUAAAAGCUGCACUGGAACCAAUUUUGAAAACUGUGGCUGCUUGUGUCACCCUUGGUACGGGGAAUUCAUUGGGGCCGGAAGGACCAAGUGUCGAGAUAGGUGCAUCUAUAGCUAAAGUAGUGGGUAUUUUGUUUGAUAGAGGUUCUCAUAGAAGGCUUUCUCUUCGGGCUGCCGGGUCAGCUGCUGGAAUCUCUUCUGGUUGGUGCUCUUAGUUGUUGUGAUUUGUGGCAAUCGUCAUUUUGCAUGCAUUCAUAUGGUCCUUUCUUGACUGAAUGAUCUACUCUGAUUUUUGGAUUGUAGAAGUCCUCCUAUGAUGCCCAGUUUGAUGUGUGAUAACACAGUGGAAGUGUUGGAAGUUUUUAGACUUGAUUUUGGAUGUCAUGUACUCCUUCAUAUUCGAUGAAAAAAAUUAGCGUUUGUCCUCUUUUAUUUCAAAUUCUCCCAUUGCUUCUGUAUUUUAAGGCAAAUAUAAUCAACCCAUUGAGAAGUAAUAUUCUCUUGUUAUUUGUCCUUUAUUUUGUCUGAAGUGUGAUUGUUAUGUUUAUGCCUUACAGGGUUCAAUGCUGCUGUGGCUGGUUGCUUUUUUGCUGUAGAG